AUGAAUGCCAUGGGCCAGGGCGGUAUGGGGGGAGCGAUGGGAGCGAUGGGGAACAGUAUGUCUCAGUACUGGAAGAGACAUAUUGCCGACAGCUUCUGGCUUCGAAUUUUCAUAAACUUCCUUGCUGCUCUUGCAAUCCUAUUCCAAUGCCUUGUCAUUCUUGGCUGUGUACCAGGAGCACCAGGCUCCUCGAGUGCUGCCUCGAGGUAUUAUUUGAUAGAAUUCAACGCAGCUAACGGGACUGCCACCUCGAGACUGCGAAUCGGUUACACAGCCAUGUGUCUUUCGCUUUCAGAUCAGCCAGAGCACUGUGUCAUCACAGUUGGCAAGGACGACCAGACAAGCAUUCGUUUCUUGUCAACUGGACAAAAUGACAGAGACUCCUUCGAUCAGUUAACCAACAACGAACGAUUGAACACUGUUCUUUUCGACAUUGCCAUGUCUCUUCAGAACAAUGUCUUCGUUGUCAUGCCGGCUAUUCCCGGAGCAUUCCUUGCUUUUGGUGUGAUACUUCUCAUAGCAUAUGCCACCCUGAAUCGACCCUGGGUAGGACCAGCAUCCUCGUGGAGACAAUCUCAGCGAAAUCGCAGGUUAGACAUCAUGAGAAUCACGAUGAUUGUCUUUCUUGGCCUUGCGAUUGUUUUCUCAUUCGCGAUUGCCGUGGCGAACUCUCAAUUAUUUGCAGCCUUAUCAAAGAUCACUUCACACAAUCGACAAGCGGCCGAUGUUUUUAAUGUCAACCGUGGAACAACAGCCCUCGCAUUGCAUUGGAUGACCGUGAUCGCUACCAUCGGAUUUUUCAUCGGAGUCAUCCAGACCCAUGUCAAUAUCAGUAGCAUCAAGGUCAAAGUCACCCCCGAAGACACUGCGGGCACUACUGGUGGUCGUCAAUUCGCUGCUGCAGGCGAGACCAUCGAGAAAGCCUCCUUACUCAAAGACGCAGAACCCAUGGCGAUCAAUCCUGCGGGCCUGACGCCACAGGCUCCAGCAGGAGGCGCGGGUGCAGGGGGUGCCAUGGGACGGGGUGGCGCCAUGGGUGCACGGGGCAGAGGAGGUGCCAUGGGACGGGGGGGUGCCAUGGGAGCCCGUGGCGGCAUGAGAGGAGGUGCAAUGGGCCGUGGCCGAGGCAUGAUGUAA